AUUGGCGCUGAUAUUUGUGGAUUCUUUGGUGAUACAACUCCUGAAUUGUGUAAAAGAUGGAUGCAACUUGGUGCCUUCUAUACUUUUAGUAGAAACCACAACGGCUUCGGAUACACGGUAUUUUCUCUAUUUACUUCUAUUUAUUUAGUUUCAAGCAAGUAG